AUGAGUAAUCAUUAGAAAAAUUAGAAAUUGCCAACCUCAAAUAAUGAGCGUCUGGAAACUCAAAGAGAAAUGGACCAGCAUUUGAGAACAUCGGCAGCCAGGAAAAGCAGUUUUUUACCCUCUCGAACGAAGAGUUUAGGAUAAAGAUUGCUGAAUUUUGUGGGAAAACAAAUUUCUGUGGAUUAUUAAGAACGAUUAGUAUUGAAAAGUCUUUAGGCAGAAAAUAAUAAUGCCAAAAAGAUUUUUGAAAAAUUACUUGCUCGUAAAAACAAUCUGAAAAAUCUUACUAAUUUUCAUUUAAGCCUUUUGAAUGAUAAAGCCAUUGAAAAUGUUAGUUUAUUUCAAAGAUAAACAUCCUGUAAAAUCUUUAUUGAUAAGUUGCUAACAAAGAAACUUUUGAGAAUUUUUAAGCCCUUUGUGGAUAAUUUAACACAGCAUAUUAAAGCAUUGCCUUUGUUAUAUCCAGAGAGUACGAAAAUUGUAUUAUGGGAUAUACUUGCAAUUUCAUCCAAAUUAUACUUUUUGUAUCUAAUCCCUUUAGAAUUAGCAUGGACAAGUAGAUCAUUGCUUUACAAUAGAUACUAUUCGUCAACAAUCAUUAUGCUCAUCAUAUUAGUUGUUGAUUUUAUAAUUGGUCUUAAUACUGCUUAUUAUAAUGCAGGAUCAUUAAUUACCAAUCGAAUAUAAAUCUUUAAACAUUAAAUCACAAAAUCUCUUGGAUUAGAGUGGAUUUCAACAAUCAUUUUGAUAAUAUUAUUCAUAAUUUGCAAAUCAACAGAUAUUAUGAUAAAUGUGACUGAGAAUCCUGUGUACUUAAUUUUAUUAAGUGUGCUGUCUCAUUAAAUUAAUGUGCAUUACAAAACAAGCCAAUAUGAAUUAGCAUUAAAUUUAUCUAAAAAAGUAUCCAGUUGUUUAGAAUUGCUCAAAUUUUUACUGUUAUUAUUUUAUGUCAUUCACUUAUUCUCCUGUCUGUGGUUUUGGGUUGGAAAUUAUAGCAGAGAGAAUUAUGAAUUCACAUGGCUGGACACUCUCAAGGAUCUACCAAUAAUAGACUGGACAGAUGAAUAUUUGUAAUCAUUUUAUUAUGUUUGCGUUACAAUGUUUACAGUUGGAUAUGGUGAUAUCACUCCUAAAAGUGGGUUAGAGAAAUCAAUCUGUAUUUUUCUGAUCCUUAUCUCAAGUAUUUAACUUCCUUACUCAAUUAAUACUGUGGGGUCUAUCAUUGAAAAGAUAUCUGAUUAUGGAGAAGAAACCAGAAAUAAAUUAAGAACUAUCAAUAGUUACAUGAACAAAAAGAGGGUUCCUUAUAAUAUACAAAACUAAAUUAGAUAGUAUUUAAAUCACUAUUGGGAAUCAUUAUAAGGAUAAGACACAGAAGAAGAGAAAGUAAUAAUAUCUUAAUUAUCUGAAAAUUUAAGGGAAUAACUCAUUAUUUAGGCUAACAGCAGAAUCUUUGCUAAAGUUCCAUUAUUAUAAUUGAAUUUUAGUCAUUAAUUACAAUAAAGUCUGCUCAAAAAGGUCUAAUCUAUUUAAUUGUAACCAGAAUAAAUAAUUGAAUUAGAUAAUAAAAUCUCAUGCUACUUUGUUGAUGAAGGAGAAAUCAAUUUACUAAUUGAAUCUGGGUUGGUUAUUUAAAAAGCAAAAAAAGAUGAUGUUAUUGGUUUGGAGAACUUAUUUUUAGGAUUUCAAAGUAAAAACCAAAGACUAAAAAGUAUUGGAUUUACUAAAUUAUAGAUCCUAUCCAGAUAAGAUUUCUUAUAAGAUUUAAAAGAUUUUCCUAAUGAUUAUGAAAAAUUCUGUGCCAUCAAAGAUGAUUUGUUAUUCAACUUUAAAUCCUCCUAUAUCUAAAAGUAAUGUGAUUCUUGCUUUUAAACAGGACACGAAAUUAUCAAUUGUUAAAUGCUUCACUAUGUACCUUAGAAAGAUCUUUUGAUUAAAAGAUGCCAAUAUCCGAAAAAGUAAACAAGACGUGAAUUUGAAAGAAGAAUUGUUCUUCCUGAACUAGAUAAUUAGGAGUUUAAUGAAACAAAGUCACAAUUUAUAAAAAAAUAUUACAUACCUCAAUAAGCUAUCAAUAUUAAUAAUAUUAAGAUUAAUGAUAAGUUAAAUGAAUAAAAUACUUUAAGCAAUAUUUAAGAUGAUGUGAUUGAAUAACAAGAUUAAAAAAUGGAUAAUCUGAGAGUUUCAACAACUUUAAAUUAAAAAUAACAGUUCAAGAGAGAAUCAGUAUUAGCAAUUUCUUAUAUACCAGGGAAUAACAUUGAUCAAAUUAAAAGAAGUAUAAAUAACAACAAAAAAGUUGGUCUUAAUCAAUCUAACAAAAAAUAAUAAUUAGAUAUCUAAUUAGAGAGUAUAGGACUCUAAAGACAAAAUAGCUUAACAUCUAGAAGAUAGUCAUAAGCAGUAAAUAUGAUGAAUAUUUAUCAAUUAAGUUUGAAUAAUAAUGCGUAUAAAUAAAACUAUUUGUAAGAGUUGAUUAGUACAAAUUAUGAUAUUAAUUUUGAUGAAGAGUUAAGGGCUAGGUAUGAUAAUUUAAAUUAAAUAAAAAACAUGAGUCCUGAAGAUAAAUAAGCAAUUGAAUUACUAUAUUUGAAAUAGGUUAAUAAAUAAAAAUAUUAGAAAAAAGGCUUAAUGGAAUUUGAAACCAUUAAAUGCUACCAUGACUAUUUUCCUCAAUAUAAUCUUAAUAGGUAAAUUAGCAAAGCAAACAAGCCAGGAAAUCCAUUAUUAAAAACUUUAAUUUAAAAGUACAUCAAUUAUAUACUUUACCCAUCAGAGUUUGUUUCAAAGUUUAAAUUACUUUAAUCGGACCAAUAAAGAAUUCGUUUGAAUACUGAAGAGGAGAAGUAUUGA